AUGUAUGUAUGUAUUGAUGCAUGGAAGAGAGGCUUCUUAGUUGGUUGUAGGCCUUUAGUAGGAUUAGAUGGUUGCUUCAUGAAAGGUGGAUACAAAGCGCAACUCCUUGUAGCUGUGGGAAUUGAUCCAAAUGAUUGCAUAUUUCCCAUUCCAUAUGGAGCUGUAGAUGUUGAAUGCAGAGAAUCAUGGACCUGGCUCUGGACAUUUAUGAGUGAUAAAGAAAAGGGACUGAUUGUUGCUCUUGAUGAACUUAUGCCACAUGCAGAGAAAAGAUUUUGUGUAAGACAUCUCUGGAAGAAUUUGUGUAGGGCAACAACUAUAAAAGGUGGCCCAGAACUAAAGGAUUUGCUAUGGAAUGCAGCAAAGGCAACCUAUCCUGCAGAAUACUAUAGGAGAAUGGCUCUCAUGAAGAAAAAGAUAUCAAGAAUUUGUUUGAAGAGGAAGGUGGCUCAUAAGUACACUGGGGCUAUUUGUUCCAAGAUCAUCAAGAAGCUUGAGAAGUAUAAGGAAUUGUCGUCUAAUUGUUGGGCAACUGAAGCUGGUGCUAGAAAAUACAGCGGUGAUGUAUGGGAAAAACUAUAUGUGGUUGAUCUAGAUGUUCAUACUUGUAGUUGUUGCCAAUGGAAGUUUUUUGGAAUUCCUUGCCAACACAUCAUUCCUUGCAUCUUACAAGAAAGAAAGAAUCCAGAGGAAUUUGUGCAGGAAUUUUACAACUUAGAUAGAUUUAAGGUUGCAUAUGGACAUGUCAUAAAUCCUCUUAGAGAUAUAGACGACUAUGAACCAGCAGGUUAUCUCCCGAUGCAACCACCUCCUGUGAAAGUGAUGAGAGGAAGAAAACAAAAGCGUAUGAGAAAAACAAUAGAUGAAUAG